AUGGCCGCCUCUCUGCCAUCUUCCAUCGCUGUCCUGCUGCUGUUGCUCUUCCUUCACAGUAGCUUCACUCUUUGCUCCUCGUCCGCCGACGCCACUGGUUCUUCUUCCAAGCCUCAAAAGGCGAAGCUUUUGAUCAGAACAUCGGUCGACAAGGAAGAUGGUGCUGAAAGGGGGCAGAAUCCUGCAGCGCCCAAGAAAAAUCCGAUCUUGGUGGCCAAAAACCAGACCAAGCUCUUGAAGCCCAAGAAAGCCAAUUCCACCGCCACCGCCGCUGCGAGUGCCAAGGUUAAGCUUGGUAAAAGCUUCAAUGCCACCCUCAAAGCCUCGAAUUCAACCAAACUUCUCGAUGCUGCCAAGCUUAGCAAGGCGAAUUCUACAAAAUCGUCCAAGGACAAACUCAAAUCCUCCAAUUCUGCCGCCAAUUCGACCAAAUCUUCCAAAAAAUUAGGUUUUGAUUCGUCCAUUGCUAAAAAUAAGAUCGAAUCCUCCGUCAAGGUGCCCAAGGCGCAACAACCCGCCAAGGAGGCACCGGCGAAGAAGCCGCCGACGGUGAAGGAAAAGGUGAAGACGGCGGCGAAGCAAGGGGCGAAGACGGAGGAGCUAGCCGCCGGGAUGGAGAUGGAGGACGAACUGGACGACGGCACGGAUCUCAUCUCAGACUUCCGGGAGCUCCCCUCUCGCCUGUUCCCAGAUCUAGAGCGCCUCUCCACCACCUCCAAGGCCUACAUCUCCGCCGCCAACAAAGGCAUCGCGGAAGGCGUCAAGCCGUACGUAGGAAAGAGCUUCGCCCCCAAGGUCGCCCCCGUGCUCUCCUCCCUCUUCCUGGUGCCCCCCUUGCUCCUGCUCGCCCUUCUCUUCCGCCGCCUCCGCGCCUACCUCUCCCUCCACCGCCUGCUCCUCUUCACCCAGGCUUACCUCGCCAUCUACUUCGGCACCCUCGCGCUUACCGCCCUCGCGACGGGGCUCGAGCCCCUUCGCUUCUUCUACGCCACCUCGCCGGCCUCCUACACCUGGAUGCAGGCGGCGCAAACGAUGGGCUACCUGAUCUACCUGGUGCUUCAGCUGUCCGAUCUAGUCUCCCUCUUCUCCCGCUUCGAGGACUCCCCCGCCACCUCCUCGCGAUCGCUCGCCCUGGCGCAGAUGGUGAUCGGCCUGGCGGUCGGCAUCCACUACUACGCCGCAGUCUUCCACCGCGCGGUGAACGGCGAGCCGCCGCGGGUCAACUGGCGCGUGCACGGCAUCUACGCCACGUGCUUCCUCGCCAUCUGCACGUGCGCGCGCGCCGAUCGGAGGAAGAAGGCCUACUACGAUUGCGGCGAGGACGGGAAGAAGAAUUAA